AUGAGUGAACUUAGUCAAGAAGAGAUACGUAGACGGAGGUUGGCUCGACUCGCAGCCCUCGGAGGGACGGGCUCUUCAGUUCCAACUAGUCCUCCCAUUACACCUGGUGCAUCAGUUCCACCAGAUGUUCUUAGUCCAGGUCCGCCGUCACGAUUGUCUCCAGCGCCAGCUCCACGUAGCUCUACAGAAAAUGCAGAUAGUAAAAACAAAGAACAAAACUAUGCAGAGAACAAAAGUGAUGUGUCAGAUCAAACAAAAAUACCAGCCGAUGGUCUAAUUGUUACAGAGAAGCCAGAUAAUAAUUUAUUAGAUGAAAUGCCAGAUACAAAAAUGACAGACCUAUCUCAAACGCGGCAGUACAAUAGUUUUGACUCGAUGGGAGAUGACACAUUGUUAAGCUGUGGGUCAGUGCGAGUUUUACCCCAGUCUACUGUCAGUGGAUCAGAAGGUGCUUCAACAAGAGAAGAUAGUACAUCCCGUUCAAUUUCACCUGCACAGUUCGUUGAACCACCGCCAGUAAGACCAAGAACCCACAACGCCUCACCAAGUUGCUCAAGACGCUCUCUUUCAAUGGAAGUUGAUGAUGUUUCAGAGAGAAAUUCACAGUCUGAACAGACACAAGAACCAAUGGAGGUUGAAGAUGACUCAACACAAUCUCCUGCUCGUAAAAUUCAAAGAUCUCGUACUGUAAGUUGCACAGAAUUAACAGAGGAACAGUUAAGGAAUAUUGUUGCCAAAAUAUUACAAGUAUCAUGGUCUGAUGACAGUGCUGGAGGCAUUUUUGUGCCUUCAGUUGCAGCAUCACUACUAGAUAAUCCCAAACUAGGUUUAGAGGAGAUAGCAUCUGAGGCACUGAUGGACACACUUUGUCAGAUUAUAGACGGAAAUGAUCCUUUGAAUCAGAAGUUGAUUGCUAUAACAGAAACUACAAAAAGGUUGAGUGAGGACUGUGGCGAUGGAGAUGAUUUGUUGACGAGCGGACAUCUCGGUUCCGAAGCGGAUGCUAACAAAUCAGACUGUCCUACACCAUCGUUACCCAUUCAGAAACCAAUGCCUUCCCAAGGUUUAGCAGUCAGUUACAUACUGAAAUUCUACAAUAACAUUAAUCUUUACGAAAGGGACCAUCCAAAGAAAAGCUCCGAACCGCCUUUGAGUGAUCUUUUGCAAAGUUUCCGAACGCUGCUCGUUAACAAUCUAGUAUUAGUGCUGAGAGGGAAAUAUGAUUUGGAGAAAUGUCGAAAAUCACCUCUGUUACCUUACCUCUUGAUUGGGAACACUCCAAUCGGACUUAUACCUGAAGUUCUCUUAGCUACAUAUCAGGAUAAAGAAGCUUUUGAGGAGGUAUUCGUGCCGUUGCUUAUGGGUGUUCGUGAGGAGAUGCGUCGGUGUGUCUCGCCUUUAGUAGGCCGGGGUCACGGCGCCCCGCUAAGGGCCCUACGUGCUUUAUGUGAGUUGCGCGCUCCCCCACGCCACGCGGCCCGCCCGGUGUGUGCGUUACUUGCUCGACUACCCUCGUUAUGCCCACCAUCAGUUACAACAGCACCAGGACGAGAAAUCGCCAGAGUCAGUUUUCUUGGACCCUUCUUUGCGAUAUCCCUGUUCGCUGAAGAAAAUCCCCGUUUCGCUGAGAGGAUGUUCGCGGGCACUGACCAGAGCCUGUCUUUCGCUCUGCAGCGUGAGGUUGAAGCCAGUCGGAACACACUCCACAACAUCUGCCACAACAUCCUACUAUGUCCCGACGCGAGGGAACCCUUCCUUAACUACUUCGCAACAUUACUACAGAGGAACGAACGAAGAGCACAACUACAAACAGAUGAACGUUCCCUGGCUGGCGACGGUUUCAUGUUGAACGUUUGCUCGGUUCUGCAAUUACUGUCGGUGCGUAUCAAAAUGGAUCGCGUGUAUGAGUUAUAUACCUUCCAACCUGACACCUGGUAUAACGUGAGGGAUGAAACACGCCUUUACUUCACGGCUCAGGAGGCGCAGGAGUGGCAGGACGCUCUUAACAACGAUCCAAACCACGAAUGGCCGGAAGCGAAGUUUCAGACUGUAUGUUGGUUCCUGACACUCCACAUGCAUCACGUGGCGCUCAUACCCGCGCUCCACACGCACCAGAGACGCAUACGUGCUUUCCGAGAUCUUCAGAAGGUGAUCGAGGAGCUGAUGGCUGCUGAGCCUCAGUGGAGGAACAGCUUCUCGGCGCUGAGGAACAGGGAACUACUGCGACGAUGGAGGAGACAGAUCAAGAGGCUACACCGUUCCAAGCAGUGUGCGGAGACAGCCCUGCUAGACCCGGAGCUGAUGCGGCGCGGCGUUCAGUUCUAUUCAUCCGUAUGCUCGCUGCUGGUCCGCCAGCUGCAGGCGGCCGCGGCCACGGGUCCCUGCACGCCGCUCGCCUCGCCCGCACACGCCUUCCGAGCUCUGCCUGAGUGGUAUGUGGAGGACAUCGCUGAAUUCAUGCUGUUCGCUGUCCAAUAUGUGCCACAAACGGUAGCCUACCACAUAGAAGACCCGAUAGUGACGUGGCUUCUGAGCGCCAUCUGUAAUUCCCAUCUCAUUAAGAACCCAUACUUGGUCGCAAAAAUCGUGGAAGUGUUAUUCGUCAUCAAUCUGUCCCUGCCGAUGAAAUUGAAGAAUGUAUAUGAGAAAUUCAUGGACCAUCCAAUGUCCCAGACAGCAUUACCGAGUGCUCUCAUGAAAUUCUACACUGAUAUCGAAACAACGGGCCAGAGCACUGAGUUCUAUGACAAGUUCACUAUCAGAUUCCACAUUAGCAUCAUACUUAAAGGAAUGUGGGACAGACCCAUACAUAAACAGGCCAUCGUCAAAGAAUCUCGUUCUGGUCGACAGUUCGUCAAGUUUAUCAACAUGCUCAUGAAUGACACUACAUUCCUACUCGACGAAUGUCUGACGUAUCUCAAACGUAUCCACGAAGCUCAAGAAGCUGAGGCUGAAGGCUCGAGCAGCAGCGGCAGUUCAAGUGAGGCUCGAACUCGAGCACUCGCGCAGGACGAGCGCCAGUGUCGUUCAUACCUCACGCUGGCUCGAGAAACAGUUGACAUGCUCGAGUACCUCACCGUUGACAUCAAGGAGCCUUUCUUACGAGCCGAGCUCGUUGAUAGACUGGCGUCCAUGCUCAACUUUAAUCUACAACAACUCUGCGGACCUAAAUGCAAUAAUCUCAAGGUCCGUCAGCCAGAGAAGUACGGAUGGGAGCCCCGGCGGCUACUCAGUCAGCUAGUUGACAUCUACCUUCAUCUUGACUCACCGCAGUUCCACGCCGCGCUAGCCGCUGACGAGAGAUCUUUCCGUAAGGAGUUGUUUGAUGAAGCAGCCGUUCGUCUCGCCAAGUCAUACAUUAAGACGCCCUCAGAGAUAGAACGGUUCAGGACACUCGCUGACAACGCGUACCAGAUUGCUGUAUCAAAUCAGCAGAGAAGUGAUGAAUUCGCGGACGCACCCGAAGAAUUCAGAGAUCCUCUAAUGGAUACCCUCAUGACUGACCCCGUCACCUUACCUUCUGGAAAGGUAAUGGAUCGUUCGGUGAUUCUCCGCCAUUUACUUAACAGCGCCACCGACCCUUUCAACAGACAACCUCUCACUGAGGACCAGUUGCGUCCAGCAACGGAACUCAAAGAAAGGAUAUAUCAAUGGCAACGCGACAAGAAAGGAUCGACAUCCUAA